AUGAAAGUCAAUACUAUAGUUGCUUCUUUCUUGCUGAGUGCUCUUUUAGAGCUGGUAGUUGCUUCGUUUAUCGAUACUGGUAAGGAUACGUCUGCAUAUAACAGACCUCUAAUUCAUUUGACUCCAAAUGUCGGAUGGAUGAAUGAUCCGAAUGGUCUAUUUUAUGAUAAAAAAGCUAGUCUUUGGCAUGCAUACUACCAAUAUAACCCAAAUGAUACCAUCUGGGGACAGCCGUUAUACUGGGGACAUUCUAGUUCUAAGGAUUUGACACAUUGGGAAGAGCAUCAGGUUGCACUUAGUCCUGAAAAUGAUGAUGAAGGAAUUUUCUCUGGGAGUAUUGUGAUUGAUCACAACAAUACUUCGGGUUUUUUUGAUGAAUCUGUCGACAAAGAUCAGAGGGUUGUUGCCUUUUAUACUAACUCGACUCCGGACUCUCAAACUCAAGAUAUUGCAUAUUCUUUAGAUGGUGGAGAAACGUUUACCAAGUACGAAAAAAACCCUGUUAUAGAUGUGAAUUCUACUCAGUUCCGUGACCCGAAAGUAUUCUGGCAUGAAGAAACAAACCAAUGGAUUAUGGUUGUUCUGAAGUCACAGGAGUUUAAAAUCCAGAUAUUCGGUUCUUGUGAUUUGAAAACUUGGGAUUUGCAUUCCAAUUUUACAUCGGGUUAUUUAGGAAAUCAAUAUGAAUGUCCAGGAUUAAUUAAGAUUCCAAUUGAAGAUACCAAUGAUUUUAAAUGGGUUAUGUUCUUGGCAAUUAACCCAGGGUCUCCGAAUGGCGGAUCUAGUAACCAAUAUUUUAUUGGAGAGUUUGAUGGUUUUGAAUUUAAACAAGAUGAUUCGAUUACUAGAUUUAUGGAUUCUGGUAAAGAUUUCUAUGCUUUCCAAACAUUUAGCGGUAACGAGCAAGAUGUUGUCGGUUUAGCAUGGGCGUCUAAUUGGCAAUAUGCUAACGUUGUGCCUACUAAUCCCUGGAGAAGUUCGAUGUCCUUGGCUAGAAAGUAUACUUUGGGCUAUGUCAAUCAGAGCGUUGAGACAAAAGUAUUGACGUUAAUUCAAACGCCUAUUUUGGAUAAUCUUGAUGUUACUGACAAAAUUGAGAAGAAUAAUCACUUGUUGAAUGAAAAUGGCACGAUUAUCACGGACUUCAGCUCUUCCACAGGUUUGCUUGACUUUAAUGCUACAUUUAAGGUUGUCGGAGAGAGCAGCGACAUGAGCUCUAGCUCCAAACUAGAAAUUUUGAUUCAUUCUCAAACAUCGAAUUCAAGCACUGAAUCUAUAAAAGUGGGAUUUGACACAAGUGUCUCUGCUUUCUACUUUAAUCGCGAUAUUCCAAACGUUGAAUUUAAUGAUAACCCUUAUUUCACCAACAAGUUCUCAACUCACGUCGAGCCAGCACAUUAUGAUGAAAAUGAUAUGCCUGUUUAUAAGAUCUAUGGAAUAGUCGACAAAAAUAUUUUAGAGUUAUAUUUCAACGAUGGUAUUCAAACCAUGACAAACACAUUUUUCAUGAGUGAAGAUAAAUAUCCACAUCAAAUUGAGAUCGCAAGUAAUGUGGAUGGUCAAUUUGAAUUGGAAAGUUUUUUAGUUAGAGAAUUGAAUAAAUAG